AGAUGUCUCUUGAUUCUUCUUCUUCCUUCCUGUGUAAAAUAGAAUAAAUAAUAUAAGGUUAGCAACUUAGCAUAGGUUGCAAUCGCAUUUCGAUGUACAGCAGGAGAAGAUAUGGCGUCGUUUCUCCAAUAUCUAGUCGAUCCGAGGAAGAAUUUCUUAGCUCGUCUGCACAUGAAGUCCAUCUCUAACCGCCUCCGUAGAUACGGUCUCAGAUACGACGAUCUCUACGACCCUUUGUAUGAUUUGGACAUUAAGGAGGCGCUUAAUCGAUUGCCCAGAGAGAUUGUUGAUGCUCGGAACCAGCGUCUAAAGCGUGCAUUGGAUCUCUCCAUGAAACACGAGUACCUCCCUGAUAAUCUUCAGGCAAUGCAGACACCAUUCAGGAGCUACCUCCAAGAAAUGCUGGCUCUUGUGAAGAGAGAGAGAGCUGAGCGAGAGGCAUUGGGAGCUCUACCUCUUUACCAGAGAACCAUUCCUUAAGCAUGUUAGUCUCUCUUGUGCAAUACUUAAAAGCCUAGUUAACCAAACAGAUCCUAUUCUUAGUUUGCUAUGUAUGGUUAUCCACAGUUCAUGUAAACACUGUACUUAUGUAUAAGGUUGUAUGAUAUUGAUGUUUAAUGUAAGUUUUGGUUGAGCAAUGGAGUGCAGAAGGGGAGAGAGUCUUGGACCAAAACUCUUGGUGUAACAAAAAUAAAAAGGAGGUUAAGUGUUUAUGUCUACAAAGUUCCUCAAAGAUGCCAUUUUAA